AAGGCCGCAGGCUGAAGAUUGGUAUAGCGUGGGCCCGCAAGGCUUGGAGCGGUUGCUCCUUACCAUCUAUUUUACCCACCUUCUCUACCUUUAUUAUUUGAUUUUUGUAUUUUAUUUGGUUUGAUUCGAUCUUUGAGUAAUGACAGACCAGUCUGCUCUACUCCUUAGGAAACAGCUGGCAGAACUAAAUAAGAAUCCAGUGGAUGGAUUUUCUGCUGGAUUAAUAGAUGAUGAUGACAUAUACAGAUGGGAAGUUGUCAUCAUUGGCCCACCAGAUACUCUUUUUGAGGGUGGAUUCUUCAAAGCUCAUCUGACCUUUCCUAAUGAUUACCCUUUGCGGCCUCCAAAGAUGAAUUUCAUCACAGAAAUCUGGCAUCCAAAUGUUGCCAAGAAUGGUGAUGUAUGCAUUUCAAUUUUGCAUGAGCCUGGUGAGGAUAAGUUUGGUUAUGAGAAACCUGAGGAGCGUUGGUUACCCAUUCACACUGUAGAGACAAUUCUCAUCAGUGUUAUCUCUAUGUUAGCUGAUCCCAACAGUGAUUCACCAGCAAAUGUUGAUGCUGCGAAAGAAUGGCGAGAUGAUCCAAAUGGUGAAUUUAAAAGGAAAGUUGCACGGUGUGUAAGAAAAAGCCAAGAGAUGGCAUAUGAGUAAUUUUUUUCCCUUCAUCAGGUUGGGCUAGCUGAAAUGAGAACUUCGCUUUUACCGUUCUUACUGGUCUCUGGCCAUAACAUUCAAUGCAGCUUGCAGCUAAGAAUUCCAUGCUGUUAAGCUUGGAGAGAUGAGAAUCCCUCGAGAGAGAGAGAGAGAGAACAUGCUUAUCGAUAAGAACUGUUGAAAGAAAUGUGACCCUCCUUUUAAUGCAACAAAAAAAGUUCAAAUUACCUUAAGUUUCAUCUCAGUUAUUUUCAAAUCGUGCCGUGAAUUAUGUUUAUUUAUUUGAAAGAAAUCAGACUGCUUAUGAAAGUGUUGUGUUAAACAAGGCUUACUUUUGUAUCUCUGAAGAUUGUUGCUCUGUCUCAAGCAAAUAUAAUCAAUAUACUUUGGGAAUGAUUUAUGACAAACUCGUUCAUGGAAUCAUUCACAGUUAUGUAGCAUGUAAAACUAUCUUUCUUAGUUUAACAAUUUCAAAAAACAAUUCAGGUAAAUUAAUAGUAUUCAAACCUCAUUGGGAAAAGUGAUGGUUAAAAUGCCUUCUCAAUUUUCCCUUUUAAGCCAGUUUUGCUGCUGUAGCAAUUUCAGGAAAUACAAAAGAAGUUCUCGUUACCGCAUUUGCCAUUCAUUUAGAAAUUGUAUGAUUCAAUGUAAAACUUAUUUUUGAAUAACUAAACAUUUAGAAUAUAUUAUGGAGCAGCUAAGGGAUUCGGGUGUUAUUAGCUGUUUUCUUGCUGGGAAGUAUGAAGAUUUAAAGCUGAAUGCUUUUACACUUUUAUAAAUUAUUUCUACAUUUGAUCUGAGCCUAAUAAACCGAAUUUAUUUUAGAAUCUGGCUGAUUGUGUAACUAAUGGUUCUGUCUGUCAUUGUAAUAACAUCGCUGGUAUAACAUGACAGACAAAACAAAUGGCAUAUUUGUUUAUACAAACUAAAUAAUUAAGUUAUAAAUUAAGUAACUUUCUAAAAUUCAAAUUUUUUGUUUCCUUAAUUGUAAAACUGAACCCUUCAGAAUAUCAACUAAAAAUUGUUCACAUUUUUAAAAAACAAUUGACUAAUAUUUGAGCUGCAGUGUUCUUGGUUUUCUGUGGAGCAUCAGCUUAUUAACAUACAUGAGUCCAAAACAGAACAUUGUGGAUUUGAGUCUAGAUUAUCAUUUCAAUCCACGACUAAAAUAGUAUCAUAUUGCCUAAAUUACUAUCUUUAGAUAUAACAUUACACUAAAAAUCCAUUUGCCCAUUUUACUAGUUCGAUUAGAUGUUUGAGAUUCAGUGAUAUUUUAAUAACAGAGCACUUUGGUCAAGUUGACGCUUUUCUCUAAACCAACACUGCCAGUAGAUUGACCAGCAAAUCAUCUCGUUACCAUUUGAGAUCCUGUUUAUGCAUAAUAAUCUGCAGUAUUUACAUUCAAUAUCAAUGCUGGUACAUUCUUUGCCUUUUCAGGUACUGCUAACUUUGUUCCUUUCAGAGAAUGUUUUUGACUCUUGCUUGUCAUUUAACCAUCAUUUCCAUGACUUGUGCAAUGAUAUCUUUCCUCAUAUGCACACUUUAGAUUGAACUCUGAAAGCUCUAUCAACUCUUCAGGCAAUGCCUAGCGUUGUUCUAGCAUCUCUCACAUUUCAUAGAACCUAGUUGUUUUUCAGUUAUAGAUUUUUGUCUUUCACAUAUUUUGUUACUAUGCUCAGUCAAGAUCUGAACUUGUCACUUAUUUCUUUUUAUGUUACAAAUAUAUAAUAUUCCACUACCUUGCUAUAUAGAGCCCUUAGUUAUAAUAAAUUUGGCAGGACAUUUUAGAAUGUGGCUGAAUAACAAAUCCAUAGAACAAGAUGAACGUGAGAAUGAAGAAGGUGCUUAAAAAACAGCAAAUCUGUCACAAACUGAAUUCUACAAUCUAAAAGAUUAGACAUUGCUGGAAUUAUACAGCAUGUACACCAGCUUUGAAAAAGACAACUCAUAUUUUCCAAAGAAAUGUUCCGCAAACAUUUACAACAUAGAAUGGGGCUAUUCAGUCUAUCCUGAAUGUGGAUAUUUGCUGAAGCAGUAUAAAAUUAAUCCCAAUGCCUCUUUCCCUAUUGCUUUGUAUUUUCCAUUAAACAUUGAAAGAAAAUAGAUUUAUAAUAGUCUCUGAUAAAUACUUUAGCAACCCACCACUGUAAUAUAUUUUCUUCACUGAUUACUUCAAAUUUAUAGGUCACGUGCUCGAAUCCCAAAAGCAACAAAAUAGCUUUUUUUUUUAUAUUCAAAAAACAGACCCUUCGUUUUUAAAAAAAUUCUCUUCGCUCAAGUAGAAUUAGUCCCAAUAACUCAAUUUUCUAAGUACUUUCCCAUCAGAAACCUCACUCUAGUAAAUUUACAUUAUAUAUGCUCAAUGGCUUUGUAAUCUUACGUGAUGUCCAAAGCUGUACUCAUCACUGUGGCCUGACUAAUGUUUUGUACAGGUUUACUAUAAUUUUUUUCUCUUAUCCUCUUUGCCUCUAUCAUGACAGUUCAAAAUGUUAUUAGUUUAGUUCAUAAUUAUUUACUUUUUGAGAUUAUCAAAUUGAAAUUCAAGGUAUCUGUACUCAUCCAUGCUCAAACCACAAUGUGAACUUCUGUUCAUCAUUUCCCAUGGAAAUUACCUCCCAUUUAUCCAUUUUCAGUUGCAACUGAUGUAUCAACCAUUCUAUACUGUUAUAAUCCUCCUAUUUUCCAAAUCAUUAAAAUUAGCUGAAGACGAAAAACUUAAAAGCAUUUUGUAUCCUCUUCAAGCCUAAAUCAUCCCCACAUGUUAAAGAACAACGAUGUACCAAGUAGUGAUUACUGGAAUCACUAGUCUGGUCACCCUUCUCCAAAGCAAUUAGUGAUGGGAGCAAUAAAUGCUGUUUGAGGCUAGCAACACUUGCAUCCUAUGAAUUAAUUUAAAAAAUCCAAAUAUAAUCAUUUAAUCCAACAUGUAGCCCAUGUUACAUUUUUUCUUGUAAUAUACUGAAAAUACUUUUUCAAAAUGCCUCUUCUCAACACCUGAGAUUCACGUACACUGAUCUACAGUACUUUCUUUACCUGAUCAUCUCUUCAAAAAAAGAUUUACCUUUACCAAAUCCAUGAUGUCUGACUAAAACAACUGAUGCAUUUUUAAAUAGUCUCUAAUUUGAUCUCGAAUAAACUGGUUACUUUUCAGCCCCAUGACACGAUUUGCACAAGGCCAGAGCUUCCCAUCCAGUCCUAGUGACUUUUCCAUCUUAUGUUUUUCUCUUAUUUCCAAUUAAUUCAUUUUAUGUGGUGUAACAAUUAUUCCAUCCCCCUUCUCUACUACACUAUUUAUAAUAACUGAUAAAAUAUGGAGUAUUCAUCUCCAACAUACCUUCAUUUUACACAAGAUUCCUCCUUUCAUUCCCUACCAUUCUUGUAGAUGCUGUUUUCAAAUCUGAAUUAGUCUCCUUCAUAAGACUGACCAAUUCAAAAUGAAGGGUAAGAAACAAUGUAUUAAUGAGUACUGUUAAUUACAACUAGCUAGGGUAUGAAACCAGUUUCAAAGUGGGAUAAAUAAAUUACAACGCAUACAUGAUAGUACCAGAUAGUAACACAAAGCAAACUAAAUAAAUAGCAAACAAAGAUUACAAAAUACAUUAAGAACUGCUAAACUGUAGUGAUGGCUCCUAUCCAUUACAAUUUUAUUCAUCUCCUGGCAGCCAGUUUUAGAAACACAGACUUACAGUAAAGUGUUUAUCCCAUAGAUGGUGACCCCCAGAUAAUACCUGGAUCAUGACUCGGAGAAUUGCAAGGACAAAAGCAGAUCAUGCCACUCUGAGGAAUUUGUAAACUGGAUCAGCAACAACUUCAGUGAACUCUUGUAUUUCCCCCACUAUCAGUUACAGUGAGUGCUUUUAGUCAUUUAAAUCUGGAAUUCCCUCAGCCUCUCUCAAAGAUCUUCCUUAAAGCCAAUCUCUUUGACCAAGCUUUUAGGUCAAUUCAUUGAUUUGACUAACAAUUUCUCUGUAUCAAAUUAAACACAUUAUGUAGCAUUUUUGAUGUAGAAAAUGUCUCAAAGACUAGAUUUAUUGUAAUCCUCUUCUGACUGCCUGGCUGAUUUUACUUACUAUGUUAAUCUGUUUUAGUCUUAAAGAUUAUAAAAUCAACACGGUUUUC